CCUUCGCUAUGGCCACCACCGCACCAGCACCACCACGGGAUCCACGCUGCUACAGCCGCUCAGCAACCCGUCCGGCUCCCCAUCGACCAGGUCAACUUUGUAGUGUGCCAACUCUUCGCCUUGCUUGCUGCUGCUUGGUUUCGAACUUACCUUCAUUCAAGCAAAACUAGCCCAUUUAUAAGGCAUCUUGUUGCCACCCUUUUGGGCCUUUAUCUUGCACUUUUUUGUUUCGGAUGGUAUGCCUUACAUUUUGUUAUACAAAGUGGAAUUUCCUACUAUAUCAUGAUCAUUAUAGGUGUGGAGAAUAUGCACAAAUAUUGUUUUGUUUUUGCUUUGGGAUACCUCACUGUGUGCCAAAUUUCUAGAGUCUAUAUCUUUGACUAUGGACAAUAUUCUGCUGAUUUUUCAGGCCCAAUGAUGAUAAUUACACAGAAAAUUACAAGCUUGGCAUAUGAAAUUCAUGAUGGAAUGUUUAGAAAGGAUGAGGAACUUACAACACCACAGCGAUGCUUAGCUGUAAGACGCAUGCCAAGUCUACUGGAAUAUUUAAGUUACAACUGUAAUUUCAUGGGUAUCCUGGCAGGCCCGUUAUGCUCUUAUAAAGACUAUAUUACUUUCAUUGAAGGCAGAUCAUACCAACUGACACAGUCUGAAGCAAAUGGGAAAGAAGAGAUAAAAUAUGAACAAACAGAGCCUUCUCCAAAUAUAGCUGUGGCGCAGAAACUCGUAGUGUGUGGACUAUCCUUAUUGUUUCAUAUGACUAUUAGCAAAACAUUGCCUGUAGAAUACAACAUUGAUGAUCAUUUUAGAGCAACAGCGUCACUGCCUACAAGGGUUAUCUACUUGUACCUGUCUCUUAUGGCAGCUAGACCCAAAUACUAUUUUGCAUGGACUUUGGCAGAUGCAAUUAAUAAUGCAGCUGGGUUUGGGUUUAGAGGCUAUGACAAAAAUGGAGUCUCACAGUGGGAUUCAAUUUCAAAUCUACGGAUUCUACAUAUAGAGUUUUCAACGAGUUUCAAGAUGUUUCUUGAUAACUGGAAUAUCCAGACAGCUCUAUGGCUAAAAAGAGUAUGCUAUGAACGAGCCUCCUUCAGUCCAACAAUACAAACCUUCAUCUUGUCAGCCAUUUGGCAUGGAGUGUAUCCUGGAUAUUAUUUAACAUUUUUAACAGGGGUACUAAUGACACUUGCAGCACGAACUAUUAGAAAAAAUGUUAGGCACCUCUUUAUUGACUCUCCAUCCAUUAAAUUAUGUUACGAUAUCAUGACAUGGAUGACAACUCAAGUAGCAAUAAGUUAUACAGUUGUACCAUUUGUACUUCUCUCUGUAAAACCAUCUUACAUGUUUUACAGCUCCUGUUAUUUCUGCCUCCACAUUGCCUGCAUGUUGGUGUUGUUAAUAUUCCCAGUGAAAAGAACUCAAAAAGGAGAUAAAGAACAAGAAAGCCCCCGGCCCUCUCGGUCAAAAAAGCAAGAUGAUGGUGAUGAAGAAGAAGAAAAAAGCAUUCUGGGACAUGAUAGCAAUUCAGUGGCAAAUAGUUUCAAUCAGAAAAGAGAAUUCACCUGCAGAAAUACAGCAACAAAUCAAUGAUUCAAGAUGCUACGGUGGAUAUAUUUUAUAUUUUCAAAGCCCAUUUAUAGCACCUUUUAAAGGGGUUUGUAUUUGUCUGCAAAGAUGGUUAGUAAGAAAAGAAUGCUAUGUCUCUAGAGAAUAUUGAAUACACUAGUAAGAAUGGAAACAAAGCAAAUUAACCUCUGCUGUGCCAUGUUCCUGUGGAUCAUGCCUUAUAUGAAAAUAUUAACCAUUAUUUCAAUGGGCACUCAGGACUUAACAGCGUAUGUCCAUUGGGUCAUUGGUGUGCCCCUUUGUUGAAUGUACGUUGUGUAUCCUAUGGCACUGAUGGGGGUGGUGAACAAUUGUUUCAGUCCAGAAUAACAGAAAGAAAAUACCUUAAAAAAGGAAAUACCUUGCCUUAAGCCCUCUAUCUACUGAAAUAAAGUUUUUAAGUUGUAUUUUCAUGCUUAAUAUAAUGUGGGGAACAUAGUUUAAAUAUAAACUUUAGUGUGCUAAUGGACAAAAUAGGGAACUGGAAAAAAACAGAGUUUGAAGUGUUAAGAAGGAAUUUGCAAUAAGCAUCUCAAUAUUUUAAGGGUUUUCUUGGUAUAUCAUAUGUAGAGUACAGGACUGCAAAAAUUGCCAAUGCCAAAUUAUAGUUGUUUUUAUCUGAUAAAUAUGGCCAUUUCAAGGGAGCCCUCUGAAGACUUUGUUUUUAACUUGAAAGUCACUCUUUCCAGGGCUAAAUACUCUGGCUUGUUUAUUUUGCUGUUUCAGUACACAAGGUACACCAAGAAAAAUAUUGGCAGCCAGCAUCUCAUGUCUUGUUAAAACUGGCAUUACAGCAAAAUUUCUCCUUGUUACUGUGCACAAAUUAUUUUACAAAGAGUGAAGUUAAGAUGCAGUUACCUUGACAUUUUAUCAGAGAUGUAAAGAAUUUGUGUGGGAAGGUACUUAUGAUAUAAGUAUAGUCAGAUUAUUUUAUGGUUAUAAUUCAGUUUAUAUUAAACAAAGGGUGAAAUUGCUAAAUAGGCAUUUUCUAGCUCAUCCUUAACAUUAUGUACCCUAUAACAUCGGACAGCCUGUGAUUUAGGAAACCAGGAUUUCAUAUAUGGAGAUCUCACUGUACCUUUUGAUAAAAUGUUCCCAACUGUUCUGGGUUUUUCCCCCCAUUUUUAUUUUUAAAGUAUAUCAAGGGAAUUGAUAAAUAUUAAUCACUUUUUGGUGAACAUUAAUAACUGCUAAAGAAAUGCUUAAAGGGCUAUAAUUUUUAUUUGCUUAUUUUCAUACCAUUUUACUGUCUUUUUUUUUAGUAAAUGCAAAACACUUUUAUCUUUUAAAAUAUAAGAAAUGCCACAGCAAAAGUAAUGAAGUUCAAGAUUGGGCUGUUACUAAAAUAAACUGAAGCUUCUUCCUGAUAAUGUUUCAUAACAUUAAUUAUGCAGUGCAUGACUGAAUAUUUCAGAUAAGCACAGAAGGGUAAAUCUGCUCUUUGACAGCAUAGAAAGCAAAUGAUACAGAAACCUCAAGGGAUUCUAAGUUUAAUUUUCACAGAUCAAAUCUGAAUCAAGAAUAGGAAAUAGAAAAUAUGUACUGCUGAGUGUCUCGCUUAUAUAUUCUGCCUCCCCAAUAUCUGUGGAUAGUUGGAGACAGGUGCCUUCUGUGUGAGGGAACAAAAUAGUGUUAAUGAUGUCAGUGGCAGAAAUAUAGAAUGAAACGUUUGUAGAGUAGGUAACUGCACUUUCAAAAAGGCUUGCAUACUAACAGUCAUGGAGGUGAAUAUUAACACUGGAAAUGGUGAAAUGAUGUUAAGGUGUAACUUCUAUUCUGUCUUUAGAUAAAGUGGUUUCAGCAGUAUGUGAGCAAGGCUGUAACAA